AUGGGCGUGGUGUUGGCGAAGAAAAUUCCCAGGUAUGGACGACGGUGGAUUGCUUCUCCGGUACACCUAAGUGCGGUGAGAAGUGAUUUCUGUUCGAGACCGACUCGUACGAAACACGUAUUUUCGAUCAGUAGAGCUCACGUCAGCGUCAUCUCACGAGAUUCUACCGAUUUCUUACGAUUCUACCAUAAAAUCAGCCACGCCCACUUUGACAAAUCGCACUCGAAGAUCUGCGGAUGGACCGAAUCACGAUGUUAG